GUUGCUGGAUUAAAGUGAUCGCGUUAACAACACACGGAGGUGUAUCGCACGCACGGAGACUUGUUUGCAGUCGGCUGGAAUACUGGUUUGGGUGAUUUUCGAUUCUACUCUGUGGAUUACCAAAGCGAAUAGCAAAUCGACAACGGGAAGAGAGACAUAGAAAAAUGCGUUGCUCCUUGACCAUAGUUGGAUUUUUCUUGGCCGUCGCCCUUAGCUGCGAUGCUGCCGUUGUCCAGAGACGCUAUCGCAACACCGAAGAGGUUCUGGUGCCGGUCACUGUAAUACAAGACGGCGAUGAGCUGAAAGAAAUCCUAAAGGAGGAAAUUGUUCAACCGCAAGAAAAAAUUGCCGCUUCCGAGUUAGAUGUUAUUACUCAAGAAAUUGCCAAGAUUGUGGAUGAAGAACAAAAAUUGGCAGCGGUAGAUGCGGUGGAAGAAGCCCAACGCCGCUUUGACGAAGAUCUGUUGGAGGAGGACAUCAAGGAUGCUGUUAUCGGGGAAAAUGAAAAACUCCUAAAGGAUAUGCAACAGAAAGAAGAAAAAUUGGAAGUCAUUAAAAAUGAAAAGCAGGAGGAUGAGAUAGUACAACAAACAUUAAAAGGCCUAGCUGUUGGUGAAACAGCAAUUCAGCCAGAAAUAAUCCCGGAGGCCCAAGAUAUUUUGAAAGAGUCGGAUUCCACCGCAUCUCAGACUUUAGGCGAAGAGAAAGAACCUGCUCAAGAUUUAAAGUCUUUGGUGAAACCAGAAAAAUCUGAGGUGAUUGAGGAGGAUCCCAUUGCUUCGUCAAGCAAUGAGGGUGAACCUGAAGGAUCUUUACGCCAAGCCACUCAAGCCACACCUGCCCAAACUACGCAACAGAAUUUUGUGCAACAACUCAUUCAGAGCUCUCCCCUGGGGCCAUUCUUCAAUCAAAUAACCGGACAAAAUAAUCAAGCACAAGUGGCAAACGACGACGCGGGCAGCGCCCCCGCCACUCCGAAUCCCACCAUUCCAGCGUUUCUGGCUCCAGCCUUAACGACCGUCCAAAAUGCUGCCCAAUCCGUGGUUAACACAACCACAUCGGCUUUCCAAGGGCUCACUAGUUUCGCUUCGAAUCUUGGCAAUCAAUUCCAAAAUACGCUAUCCAACUUGGGUGGCCAACAACCAGCGCAACAGGCGGCCAGCGACGCAACCACAGCUCGACCACAAGGACCAUUCCAGCAACUAGUCAAUACCUUUAUGGGCAACAAUCAACAGGCCGCACAACCAGCACCUCAACAACCACUGGGGCCCUUCCAGGGUCUGCUCAACAUUUUCCAGGGCAACAAUGCCAACAGUGCACCACAAGCAAACACAGCGCCUGCCGAUACUGUUGAAUCUCAGAAGCCGGCCAAAGAACCAGAAGUUGCAGAACCAGCCAGUCCCAGCGCAGAUGAGAACACCAUCAACACAGCCGAUACGCUAAGUAAUGAGAUUCGCAACAGCGCUGAGGUUGAGGAUUCGUUCGAGGACACCGCUCAACCCGAAGAGCUGAUUGUCGUUCAAGAUGAUGCCACCCAAAACCAGGAGCAGCAGCAGUAAGUCCAUACAACCUGUUCCUCCACCAUCUAGAAUAAGACUAGCCGUUUAAGAUUUAUCAUCCCAACAAUCAUAUGCCGCCAGUAUCAUCGCCAUACUUUCAAUAAUUUUGAAAAUUAUCUCUAGUUUUA